CUUUCGCGCCCAGCGCCGCCGCCGCUGUCGCCGCCGUCUCUCCGGGAAACUCAGCCACUCGCUCGCCAUGGACACUCCUAGGGUCCUGCUCUCGGCGAUCUUCCUCAUCAGCUUCCUCUGGGAUUUGCCGGGUUUCCAACAGGCUUCCAUCUCCUCGUCCUCCUCCACUGAACUGGACUCCACCAAGGACGCGCGGAGCCGCAAAGAAGGGAAGAUGCCGCGGACUGCACAGGAGAGUGAGGAGGGCCGGACGCCCCAGGAGCACCAGCCGCGGCAGAGCGAACUCCGGCGGCGGCCGCCUGGACAGUCUCAGGGGCAGGAGCCUCCGGGCAGGGGCCCGCGCGUGGUACCCCACGAGUACAUGCUGUCAAUCUACAGGACUUACUCCAUUGCCGAGAAGCUGGGCAUCAAUGCCAGCUUUUUCCAGUCUUCCAAGUCAGCUAAUACGAUCACUAGCUUUGUAGACAGAGGACUGGACGAUCUCUCGCACACUCCUCUCCGGAGACAGAAGUAUUUGUUUGAUGUGUCCACACUCUCAGACAAAGAAGAGCUGGUGGGCGCAGAGCUGAGGCUUUAUCGCCAGGCGUCCCCAGUACCCUGGGGGCCACCGGCCCGACCGCUGCACGUGCAGCUCUUCCCCUGUCUGUCCCCACUGCUGCUGGACUCCAGGACCCUGGAUCUUCAGGGGCCAACCCAGGCCGGCUGGGAAGUCUUCGACGUGUGGCAGGGCCUGCGCCCUCAGCCAUGGAAGCAGCUGUGCUUGGAGUUGCGGGCAGCCUGGGGAGAGCUGGACGCCGGGGACACCGAGGCACGAGCAAGGGGUUCCCAGCAGCCACCGCCCCUGGACCUGCGGAGUCUGGGCUUCGGCCGGAGGGUGCGGCCGCCCCAAGAGCGCGCCCUGCUCGUCGUGUUCACCAGAUCCCAGCGCAAGAACCUGUUCGCGGAGAUGCGCGAGCAGCUGGGCUCUGCGGAGGCUGCGGGAGCCGAGGGGUCAUGGCCAGCGCCGUCGGGCGCCCCAGACGCCGGGCCGUGGCUGCCCUCGCCCGGCCGCCGGCGGCGACGCACCGCCUUCGCCAGCCGCCACGGCAAGCGACACGGCAAGAAGUCCAGGCUGCGCUGCAGCAGAAAGCCCCUGCACGUGAAUUUCAAGGAGUUAGGCUGGGACGACUGGAUUAUCGCUCCCCUGGAGUACGAGGCCUAUCACUGCGAGGGCGUGUGCGACUUCCCGCUGCGUUCGCACCUGGAGCCCACCAACCAUGCCAUCAUCCAGACGCUGAUGAACUCCAUGGACCCGGGCUCCACCCCGCCCAGCUGCUGCGUCCCUACCAAAUUGACUCCCAUCAGCAUCCUGUACAUCGACGCGGGCAAUAAUGUGGUCUACAAGCAGUACGAGGACAUGGUGGUGGAGUCCUGCGGCUGCAGGUAG